CAUUAUCUGUGCCCUACUAAUUUCUUGCAAGGACACACAUUGUCCUCCUUCCUUUUCGAGAUCGAUGCGAAUCGCUCUCAGAACGCUGUUGGUGAGGAGAUGCAUAAGAAUUGAAUCUCAAUUCCAUUUCAGGUUCAUGGAAUCACGGAUCUAAACUAAUACACAAGGCGCUUUACUUGGUAGGGCUAUUGUUACUAAUUCAUUCCUCAUAGCAUACUUCUUGGAGUUGGGGGAUAUUAGAAUAGAGGUGUAUUGGAUAGUCUGAAUCUGUUUUAGGAAAACCUGCAAAGCUAGUGAUGGCUCCCAAUCCCAGAGUUGCAAAAGCCUUUCGUGCUAUGAGAGAGAUCGGGAUUCCUGAAGAGAAAACAAAACCAGUGCUGAAAAACCUUCUUAAACUCUAUGAAAAGAAUUGGGAGCUUAUUGAAGAAGAAAAUUAUCGAGCACUUGCAGAUGCUAUUUUUGACAGCGAGGAGGCAGAGGCAGCAGAACAGAAGAAAAAGCAUGAUAAUGCUGAAGCUGAAGCAUUAGAACAGAAAAAGAAACGCGAGCUAGCUGAACGGAUGAAAGUUAUAGAAGAAGAAACACAAAUUCCAGAAGAGCCAGAAAGGCCUUUAAAGCGGUUGCGUUUAAGGCACCAAGAUGGACAUGCUUCUCCCUCUUGCACCACCUCCAGCCCUAAUUCAAAUGGAACACCACUGAAAAAGCCAAAAGUGGAGAUUGAUGACAUUCCUUAUGCUAUACCCCGGACUCGAUCACAUGCCAAAACUAAUGAAUCUCAGCUUGUUUCACCUCAAUCACAAAGUAGAAACAAGGGGAAGCAACCUGUUUCAGACUGUAACACUCAAACAGAUGUCACAAAUGAAACAGGAGGCGAUUCUGCUAUCCGAUCAAGGCAUCCGAAAGACAAAGGGAAAGAACCUCUUUUACCUCAAACUGGUUUUCAAGAAAAGAGGUCAAUUUCUGAUAGGCCAUCAUCCCAUGGAGUGAGGUUUAAAGAGCCAAAGGUGAAGCAGAGCCCUCUUGCAUUAAUAAAGCCCAAAGACGAGCCACUCACAGAUGACAACACAUCAACGGUUGUGGUGCCUCUUGCAGUGAUAAGACCAGAGUCAUUGACCAAUAAUGGAGAUUCUUCAACUGAAAAUGGUCCAGUCAGCAAGGCUGCUCAACCGCUUGAAGUGGUCAAUGAUGAGUCAACAACAAAAUUAGAUAUUGCUUCCUCAUCAUCUGGGGAAAUCAAGAUUUCUUUGACCUGUAAUAUUGUAGGAAAACCUAACAUAUCCAUCACAGAUGUGGAUUCUGUAUUGAAAACAAUGGAAGAUAAAUGUCUUAAUUCGGUCAAACUCCUGGACCCAAGUAUUUCCAUAAAGAAACUGAUGAAAGAUAUGUGUGAGUGUCUUCUGGAUAAUGAAACCACCUCUACACCACCUGCUAAACCAUCUGGAAGAUGUUGUGUAGCUGAUCCAGACACUAAAGACAUGCCAUCCGACACCAAUGGCUCAGUCAAUGAAAGUCAAAGGGUCACCGAAGAUGAUUGUGAAAAUGGUGUUCAUAAUAAUACAGAGUCAGUUUCUGAUGUCAUAAGGUCUACCCAUGAUGUGAAUGACAUAGCUAAAGGGCAAGAAUCGGUAAUAAUUUCAUUGGUGAAUGAUGUGAACAACGAGUGUCCUCCAUCUUUCCAUUACAUUCCCCAAAAUGCAGUUUUCCAGAAUGCAUAUGUUAACUUUUCACUUGCACGAAUCAGCGAUGACAAUUGUUGUUCCACUUGUUUUGGUGAUUGUCUGACAUCAUCAACGGUUUGUGCUUGUGCACUGCAGUCUGGUGGUGAGUUUGCAUACACAAAAGAGGGUCUUGUGAAAGAGACGCUUUUAGAUGAGUGUAUAAAAAUGAACCGGGACCCUCAAAAGCACUGUUUGUUUUACUUACAACGUGGUAUACAACGUAAAUUACAGGUGUUUAUGACGCCUGGAGGAAAAGGGUGGGGUCUGAGGACACUUGAGGACCUACCUAAAGAGAGUGAAUUAAAGGAUGAAGAAGCUCUUUGUUUGGAUGCCACCUAUUAUGGAAAUGUCGCUAGAUUCAUCAAUCAUCGGUGUUGGGAUCCAACUUUAGUGGAGAUUCCCGUGGAAGUUGAGAAUCCGGAUCAUCACUACUAUCAUCUUGCCUUCUUCACUACAAGAAAGGUGAAAGCCCUAGAAGAGUUAACAUGGGAUUAUGGCAUUGAUUUUGAUGACGAGACACAUCCCGUUAAGGCGUUUCGAUGCCGAUGUGGCAGCAGGUUCUGUCGAAACAAUAAACGUCCAAACAGACACAGAAGAAGAAGAUACACUUGAAGUUAAGAUCCGUUUUGAAGCUCAUCACUCUAGCGAUGGUGAUGCUGUUUCCGUGUUUCGUAUCUAUCUUAUGUAUUGUACUACUUGUAAUAACCAAAAGUCCAGGGUUAUUUUAGGUAUCUUCGUAGACUUUUUUUUUUUU